AGUAGCAGAACUAAGAAUGCAGCAGUGAAUCCCUAGGUGGCGCUAAGUGCUUAAGCGGCAUGGCAAGCGUUUCGAUUUUUGUCUGUGGUUUGUUAUAGUUCCCAUUUUGCGUUGGUUUUGGUGAAGUGGAAUUGCGCUAAAGCAUUUUUAUGUAGUAUUGAAGCAUUAGAAUUAAACAAAAAUGGAGAAAAGAAAGGAAUCUUUAAGUGACAUAAAACUGUGUAGGUUCUGUUUAACUCAGGACUCAUCAUUGACCAGUUUAUAUGAUCGAAGUCGGGACCCCAUAUUGGUGACUCUUCCUUUGAAAAUUAUGGCAUGCGUUUCAAUCGAGGUAUUUCCAUCAGAUAAAAUGCCCUCCUACAUCUGUGAGCGCUGCAGAGUUUUCAUGGACAUUUGCUAUGACUUCAAACAAAUUUGCCGGCGGGCUGAUGAGUCGUGCCUUCAGUUUGUCCAAAAUGGGGUCCCUAUCAGUGCUGUCAAUUGGCCUUCUUCACUUAUGAAGAUAUUUCAACUGACGAAAAGAACAGUGUCUAGGCCAAUUAACACUGUUGUAGAAGGAGGAGCGACAAUCGCAGUUACAUCUCAAGAUAUGUCCGAAAAUGAUAAUGAAGAUGAAGAGACAUUCAACAUAAAGAUUGAUGCUGCUCGUGAUGGAUCCAAGCGUAUCAAAGUAACACCUAGUGGAGUCAAGGAAAGUGCAUCUGCUAAAAAAGCAGAAACGUGUUGGUGGGAGACAGCGGUAAGGAAGGGUGUGAUGGUGCGCGUGCGCCGGCGGUCGAGCGGGCUGGGCACGUGGCCGUGCGACGAGUGCGACACCAGCUACUCGCUGCACCAGCUGCUCGACAUACACAAGGCCACGAAGCACCGCGCCAGAAAUGUACAAUGUGAACAGUGCGAUGCUAAAUUUUUCUCCAAAUAUGACUUACUCACACACAAACUACGGCAUUCCAAUGAAAUGCCGUUCCAAUGUGUUGCUUGCGAUAGAAAAUUCAAACGGCUUAUUUUGCUUAAAAGACACGAAAAGAUGAUGCAUUCUAAUUUACCGCUACAUUUAUGCGAAAACUGCCCCGCGACUUUCCUGUCCACCGUGGAACUGGAAGCCCACAAAAAAAGGCACGAGGGCUAUGCGAAUCGGCAACAUGUCUGCACAAUAUGUGACAGAAAGUUUCACAAAAGAAACACUCUGGUUCGGCACCAGGACGUCGUGCACGGGAACAAACAAUUCUCUUGCGAGUAUUGCCCCCAGCGAUUUACGUCCGUGUCUAAACUAUCGCGGCACGUAAGGGCACACGCCGGCGACCGGGCGUACCCGUGCAAAUACUGCAACAAGAGCUUCGUAAAGUCGCAUCAUUAUACCAGGCAUCUCCGCUUGAAACACGAGGAGCAAGUGCGGCAAGCGCGCGGCGUCGACGCGGAGUUCCGCUGCGAGCAGUGCACCGAGAGCUUCGGCACCCAGGACGAGCUGUACUACCACUCGGCCAUCCACGCCACGCAGAACCUCACGUGCCCGCUCUGCCAGGAGAAGUUCGAGAACGUGGACGCCGUCACCACGCACAUCAGGACCCACGUCAACGGAAUAGAGUUCAUGUGCGACUACUGCGAGUUGGUGUUCACGUCGAAGGAGAAGUUGGACGCGCACAUGAGCGCGGCGCACGACGACGAAGCUUGGCCUGCCAAGGAGAUGGACGAGUCGUCGCUGGAGGCGGACGCGAUGGACGCGGACGUCGACGAUGACGACGAUGACAACGGACUCAAUGUUAAAGAGGAAGGCGACCACAUGGUGGUAGAAAUAAAGAAAGCGGAGGGUUAUAUGCUCAAGAAAGAAAUUGAAGUUGGACAAAUCAUUACUACUAACUCGGAAGGCAAGUGUUCAGGUGUGAGUGUGUACACAGACAGCGACGCAGUGGAGGGCACGGAGGCGCCGCGCGAGCCCGCCCGGCGCCCGCCACCCGCCACCAAGUCCGAGGCCACCUCUUCGCGCCUGCCCGCCGCUAACGAGAGGAUAAGCAUUUUGCGCAAGGCCGAGGCAAUGAAACGCAAGGCGGUUGAAAAAGAAGACCCUGAUGUCCCCCAGAAGAAAGAGAGGGCCGCGAAGGUUGACAGCACCACCAACAACGCCGGCUCCAGCGACAAGUCUCUCCGCAUGCUGGAGAAGGAAUUACAAGAGCUUAAAAGGACUACUACAAGAGUAGAAGGCAAGCCGACAAAAGCAGGGGAAGCGAAGAGCAAACGGCAACCCGUUCAUACCUCCACGCCAAAACUGAGAUCUGGCGACGAAAAGAAAGCACAAACUACACCCAAGCUUACGACAUCAGUAGAAAAGAAGCCCGUGGACCGCCGCAUUCCCAACAAGGAGCCUAAGGAGGCCGUGGCCAGGAACGCUGUCACGAGCUCCAAGGAUGACAAGAACGUAUCCAGCACCAAGGAGGACAAGCCCACCGGGGACCGCGACGACACCGCCAAGGACAACAAUAACAAGAAGAAUACCAGGGAAGAGGAAAACCCGCCCGAGAAAACCAAAAUGGCCGACAAGAAUAUACCCGAGAAGGAAGACAAAAGCGCCAGUAAAGAGGCCAAGGGUAAAGCUACGAAGGAGGACGUACCUAGCUCCAGCAAAAACGAAGCUAGCUCGAGCACCAAGACCGAAAAGAGCGCUCCCGCCAAGAACGAAGACAAGCCCGUCAAGAACGGCGACACGAGCGGCUCUGAAGACAACUCAGUACGUCGGUCAACUAGGCCAUCGAAAAUCAAGAACUAUGCCAGCAUGAUUCGUGACAGAACACGAAUGAUUCGAGACGCGGAUGACGAUGAAGAAGAUUCGGAUAUGGAAGAGGAAUUCGUUGGACCAGAUCCUGAUGGUCCAGAGCCGCCCGCGCGCAAGAGCCUGCCGAAGCGGCAAAAGUCGGCGACUCCCGCCCCGGCCGCCGCGAGCACGCAGGCCGCCACCCCCGUCGCGCGCCGUCGCGGCCGCCCGCGCAAGGAGGCGACUCCAAAGGAAAGCGGGGAGGACGCAGAAGCAGACACCCCAACGGUGAAGGAACCUGAGAACAAACCAGAGGAACCCACCAAAGAACCUGAAGUUACGAAUCAAGAGAUUCCUACAGAACCCCAAACCACUCCGGUACAGGCAACGACGCCGCCCGCGAGCACCGAGCCGCAGGCGAAUACACUAAUGUCACCCACCGGACAAACAUUGAAAAAAGUGCCUAUAAAAGCCUUACCACCGGGAGUUAAGCCUUUGCCGCUGCCACUUAACGCCAGACCAGGUGAUCUGUGUCAAAUGCAAAUUGGAAAGAAAAUGGUGAAGGUGCAGAAGAUCGUUAUGACCAAAGCGGAAGUCGAAGCGAUGGCCAAGAAAGGACUUUUGGAGUUAAAGGACGGGACCAUGGUGCUGAAGCAGGGCAUCAAGCUGCCGGGCGGCGACCCGGCUGUCCUCAGGUCAGGGCUGGUUAGCCAAGGAGCGAUUCGCAAGGUGUCAGCCACUCCAUCGCGGUGUAAUUUUGAAGGCGAAGAAGGAUAAUAACUUCUUUAUUAGAUCGAAAUAAUUAAUGUCUUCUUAAGCGUAUUUAUCAUCAUCAGCACUAGAAAAGAAUUACAUGUGCAUGUCGGUGGGAUUCUAAAUAAUGAAUUUGCAUCUUAUUAGGUUAGGGGCUUAGAUUAUGUUACUUUACUAUAAAUAUUAGUUAAUUUUACCGAAGUAUUUUUGUUUAAAACUACAAGUACACUUUAAACUGUAUGAAACUUAUUUUGAAGAACGUAUUUGAACGAGUGAACGUUUCAUUAUAUAUGCUAAAUGUUAAAUUUUAAAUAACAUUUAAAAAAACCGUAAGAGAUCUUAUAUAGUUGUGGAAGAUCAUUAUUACUACUACACACAAGAUUUGUUAUAGAAAAAUCUAUGCAUCAUCAAGUAAUCUCACAGCUACUUUUUUAUGAUACUUUACUAUUAUGUUAUGGUUUAGUAUUUAUUGCAUUAUUUAGUUCUUUUCGUUUUGCGAUAGUAACUAAUGUGGAUGUUCAUGUUGACACUUGGGCGGUUUUUGUGAACGACGACUUACCGCGAAUUUUUGUUAUCUGCCUCUCUACGGGUUAUUCCCCUCUCUACCGCUCUAAGAGCGAUAGAGAGGCAGAUAACGUAGUUCUUGUUCGCAGUAGGAUUUCAAUCAUAUUUUUAUCAAUUCAUAAUAAUGUUAAUGAAUAUCUUUCAUAAAUAUGUCGACUAAGCAGUGGCGUAACUAGGGGGGGCGGGAGCAGAGGGGGCAAGUGCCCCGGGCGCGUCCAAGGAGGGGCGCCAAAAUGAGCAAAAGGCUACCCCUCCAGCUUGCCAAAGGUAGCAGGGAAACUUUUGUCAGUCGUAUUUACCACCACUGUGAAAUGCUGAUGGUAACCUGGCCCAAAAAAUAUUGUUUUUUUACUACGAACAGUAAGAACUACUUCAACUUACUAUUUUACUACAAAUAAUAAUUUUGAAUCAGUUCGAUUAAAAAACUCACCUGAGGCGAUUUAUUUUCGCGCUCAGUUCCAUCAUCCAUGGUUUCAGUAAAAAAUGUUUUUUUUGUAAAUACCUAAACAUAGGUACAUUUUUUUAAGUGCACCUGCACCGGGUACAAUAAUACUAAGUACUUAAAUGCCAAAACCUCACAAAUAAUUGGUAUUGUAAACACCUGCGAGGAUAUUAGGGUUAACCUUUUAGUUCCAGAGAAAAUGCCAUUAUUCCCAUAGGCACCAUACAAACUUUCGAAAAAAAAAUAUAUUUUCCAGACCAAAUUCACUUAUAUUCAUUCUGGGAUAGAAACUGGAGUAAAUGUAAAAUAACACUAAACAAAACUAUAAUAAAUCUAAAAGAAGGCCCCUGUAAUUUUCUACAAUAAAAAACUAACACUUUGAAAAUUGAGCUUCUAUUUCUAUAAAAGGCGAUUUUCAGCGCACCGUGUGCCAGCUUCGAAUCAGUCCAAAGGCGCGCUGUGCGAAUCGUCGACGAUUCCAAACUCACAAGCGAUAUUGAACCUUUAAGCCUAUAAGGAGUCGCUUUGCCUCCUUGUGUGUGUUGUACUAAGCCUAUAAGGAGACGGUUUGCCUCCUUGUGUGUGUUGUACUAAGCCUUAUAAGGAGACGGUUUGCCUCCUUGUUUGUGUUCUAUAACUUGCACAAUGAGCUGUUCUCUGAAGCUUUCCAUCACCGCACCACUCGCCAUCAACAGAGUGUGCAUCAUAGAACCUAAAUGGUCGAGCACUGUGCGGUUUAAGAGGAAUUUCCUCCCGCAGAUGCCUCCGGCUGUGGAAUGAGCUCCCUGCCGAGGUUUUCUCGAGGGGCUACAGUAUGGGGUGCUCCAAAAAAGGAGUGUACAAGUUAUAAAAGGGUCGGCAACGCGCCAUAUCCUCUAGCUACGCCCCUGCCGACUAAGUUAUACAGAUACUCAUUUAUUCAAGCCAAUUUACAUGUCAAAAUAAAAUUAGAAUUAUACAGUUAAAAUUGAGAUCAUAAUUAAAUAUACAAUUAUAAUUUAAAAUAAAAAUAAAUGGUAAAUAUGGUACGUUACAUAUACCGUGAUGGUCUCAACAGAAAAUAAGUAAUGUUAAUCAAUCGUUGUCUGUAAUCGAGUAAACUAAGGAUCCAUAUUAAUGCAAAAUACCUAAUUAUUUCAAUUACUAUGUGAAACACGGAAUAUUUUUGUUUUGUACUUUAUAUUGUGUACAUUCAUUUGUUUAGAUAGUAAGGAUGACGAUAAAAUAUAAAAUAAAGGUGCAUGCUGCAACAAUA